AUGGAUGCCCAACGAGUUAGUCAACUUGAAGCAAAAAUUCACUCGUUUAGUGUCAGACAAGAAACGAUGAUGAAAGAGAUGCGGGAGAUGUUUCUCAACAUAAACUCUCGCUUUGAUCAAUUAGUGGGCGACCAAGGCCAUCGCCAUGAGCAAGGGGCAACCCAGCGGAAUGGAGAAGACUCGAAGUUGAUAAUUGCUAAGAGCACGGAGGAAAUCAUCCAGUUCUGGAAGAU